CUUGGCUCACAAGAUCUAGUUUUGGUUAGACCUGUAACGAUCGUGCCUUCAAACAAAAGCUCUUGUCACCGGCUUAUAACCCUGUCUCAGCCUGAGACCUUUUGACCACUGAAUCUGCGAAACUUGACCCGACUUUUACUUUUGCACCGUAGGUCAGCAGUGUCACACCAUACACACCAUGCAAUUCGAGCCGCGUCCACUGCCAUAUCAAUACGGCCAGCUCUCCGAAGCUGCCUCGUACAGCCCGAACAACCACAACAUAUCUAUCUCCCUCCAGUAUGACUUGAUCAGGCUCCAUCAGGAGAAGAACAUCCUGUCGAAGGGACUCGCAGAUUGUGUCACGUACCUGAAAGCACUUCGCGAAAAGCAAGCCAAGAAUGGACGUCAACUCAACAUGGAGCCUCCUGUUCCACAGAAGAAGAGGAAGAAGCUGCAACAGACCAAUCGCCAUCUGGACAGCGAGAUCAGGAACCGAGAGAGGAACGAGUGGGUCUUCCUUAACAAUCUGCAGGCUUGCGAGACCAACAUUUUCCUUGCCAACAUGAAGGCGUACCACUUGGCCAACGCAUCAAUCCACGCAUCGGAGUCCACAUACACGCCGACGCUCUGCUCUUACUCUGGAUCAGAGACCACAGAGCUUACCUGGGACGGCUGGACUGACGAGGCUGUAGUCUCGCCAUUCCAGCAGAAGGGCAGUAACCCUUUUGUGGAUGACCUCGCCUCGGAUGCGUGUGCAGAAGAUCAUAGGCGCGAUUCCGCCAUUCUGAAAGAUGCCAAAUGCCCUACUCCACUCUCUCGAGAUGCAGUGGAGUUGUCAAACGCGCUUCCUGUACUGCCAAACACAGCACAAUCGCAGUUCCGGCGGUCGUAGAUCCUCAGUCCUGCAGCAGCUGUCUUAGAAUCUACCUACUCCUCUGUCGUCGAACAGAACGAUUGCUCUAAGUCGAAGUUGAAACGGCUCAGCAUGUCAAGCUCAACAGGCACCAAUUGCAUGAAGCUUCUGCAGAAACGACGCUUCAGCGCUGCAAAGAUGAU